AUGCCAAAAUCUCCCAAAAUCCCAGUCCCGCCAUCAUCACACGUAUCCAUCGGGUCCACCUCUUCCAAACCAUCUACAGCAAGUUCCCAAAUGACCACGACUCCUGUAACCCGCCCUGAUCGUACAACCUUUUCUACCGUGAUAGAUGCCGACCACAGCACCAUCAACCAGUUCGCCGCUCUCCUCAAACGUGCUACUACACCAGAGGAAAGAAGUCGACUCAUACUCGAAGUCGCCUGGCGCUUGGUCCGCCAUGAUUUUUCAGAGGAGAUGGUAAUGCGCCCUGCCUUCAUUGCCCACCUAGGUCAAGAGGGUCAAGAAAUGGCCGAUCACGAUCGAAAAGACCACACUGCUGCUCGCAAAGAGCUCCUGGAUCUGUUAGAUUCCGGCCUGGAUCUUAAUGAGUUCCCAACUCGCAUCGGUGACCUAUUUGCGGAACUGGCCGAGCAUAUGAAAGUCGAGAGUGGACAAUACGUCCCCAAAUUGGAGCAGCUGCUCAACAUAUCAGAGUCUCAAAGAUUAGGAUGGGAAUACCUCCACACCCAGAUCUUGACCCCUCAGAUCGAGUACCUGGAUAGCAACGGCAAGCGGACAAGACUGUGGAAGAGCGCAGAGGACUACGUCCGCUCUGAACCCAAUCGAUUCCUCGACAUCUGGCAUGGAUACAUGGCCGGAAACAUCAAACUGAUAGCGGAGAGUAGUGGUGUCCGCGUCCCUCCACGAUUGUGA